CGUGUUUGAUAAAAUUAACCAUUUUGUCUUUUUGAUAUUAAAAAAACGUGUUCAAGAGAGUCAUAAUAGCGUUGAACAUACGAUCAAUCCACCACAACCUUCAAUGAUGCUCGACUGUUUUGCUGCUUGCGCGUUUCAUUAUGCAUUCCUUACCAAAGGAACCAAGGAACGUGAGACAAGAGAAGAACUAACGAGUUCGACUCAUAUUCGAUUUGAUGACUAUAGUGAGAGAAGGUUUAGUAGUGGUUCUUCACCUAAUGACAAAAGAGCUAGUGUGAGAGAUUUUCGUAUGAGCACGUCAUCUACGUCAUCUCGUAUAACACAUUAUGAUAGAAACGAAUCAUAUAUUCGUGAUUACGAUCGAGAUUAUGAUCGAAAUUAUGAUCGAGGUUAUCAUGAUCGCGACGACCGUGACCGUGAUCGUGGAGACGAACCUUAUCUUAUUACAGGAAUGAUAAUGAUAUCGUUUGGUUCUUCAUUUCUUAUGACAUAUGGACGCAAUAUACGAAGUGUAGUCUUGUCAAAACCUUCACUUAUAGGUGGAAUAAUUAUCGGAAUUAUAAGAGUAUUAACAUUUUUUGUCGGUACGAUUGGCUUCUUUGCACCUUUUAAACGCUUCCACAAUUGGUUGAUAGCGCAAUUUGUCUGUAUAGCUAUGACAUCAAUUGCUCUUUUGAUUUUGGGUGCUAAAAUUUGGUUUAAAACUCUUGACGAAAGGAAUUUCUUUGAAAAUGUAUGGAUAGGGUGGAUGAACGGCACUAGAGCAAGAUUCCAAGAUCAGCUUAACUGCUGUGGGUGGGAAUAUCCAUUGUCCUAUGGGGUCGUAUCAAGAGGAUGCCUAGAUCUCCAACAGGCUAAUGCAACUAUGUUUGGGGGUUGUGAUAAUCUGAUAAUAGGAGCAGGCGAUAAAAUCUCUCGUGAAAUAUUCACUUUGUUAUUCGGAUUUAUAGCAAUAGAUAUAAUUACAUUCCUUGCCAUAAGUGUACUUAUCCACGCAAGGAAAAUAGUGGAACGAUUUCGUAAGAUUGAAGAGAAAAAUUUAAUGUUGCUUUUAUAA